AUGUGGGGUGUGAACCUCCCCGUCUCAGAGGUCCACGGCAUGCCGCAGGAAAAGAUACAGAGCAUCGGAUGUCCUGCCGAGGGUAUAGUCAGUGUGGACGAAGAGUUGGCAAUGUAUACGGAUGAGAAUGAGAAGGAGACGGUUAAGGAAGCGUUGGGGCAUUUGAGGGAGGCAGGGCUGGUGGAGGUGUUGAUUGUUAUCGGACUUUAUGCGAUGUUAGCGCGAUUGAUGAAAGGGCUGAGGGUUGAUGAUGAUCCGGAGAUUCCGGGGCCGAAGGGGUUAAUUGGGGGUGCUAUUACGGCUACGAGGUGA